AUGAAGGAAUUUAUGACUGAUAAAUUAGACAACCGGGAUCUCUUAAAAAUGAAAAAACUUAUGCUUAUAAAAAAGAGAAUCUACAGACUGGGAAAAAUGUCUUUGAAACUUUGUUCUUCUUUUUUGAAUUGGAGCAUUUCCUUUGAAGAGAAACUCCUUGUUUCCUGGAAUGAGUACCUCAGUUGUAAAAUGCUGGCUCCUGGGAGCCCCAGUGUGAAUACUUCCUCCUUCCUGCUCACUGGAUUUUCUGGCCUUGAGCACCAAUAUCCCUGGCUCUCCAUCCCUUUCUCCUCCGUCUAUGCCAUAGUACUUUUGGGAAAUUGCAUGGUGCUCCAUGUGAUCUGGACUGAACCAAGCCUACACCAGCCCAUGUUCUACUUCCUGGCCAUGCUGGCCCUCACUGACCUAUGCAUGGGCCUCUCCACAGUGCACACAGUGCUGGGCAUCCUGUGGGGGCUCAUUCAAGAAAUCAGCUUAAAUUUUUGCAUUGUUCAGUCCUAUUUUAUUCAUGGUCUGUCCUUCAUGGAGUCCUCUGUCCUCCUUACUAUGGCCUUUGAUCGCUAUAUUGCCAUUUGCAACCCACUGCGUUAUUCCUCCAUCCUGACUAACUCCAGGAUUAUCAAAAUUGGGCUCACCAUACUUGGAAGGAGUUUCUUCUUCAUUACACCUGCCAUCAUCCGUCUGAAACUCUUUCACUAUUGCCGUCCCCACAUCCUCUCUCAUUCUUUCUGCCUGCACCAGGACCUUCUACGUCUAGCCUGCUCAGAUAUUAGAUUCAAGAGCUACUAUGCCUUGAUGCUGGUCACCUGCACACUGUUGUUGGAUGCUGUACUUAUCCUCAUCUCCUACAUCUUGAUUAUUAAAUCAAUUCUCGCAAUUGCCUCCCAGAAGGAGCCUAAGUCAUUUCAGACCUGCAUCCAUGUCUGUGGUGUCCUUGUGUUUUACAUCCCUGUCAUCAGCCUAACAAUGGUGCACCGUUCUGGCAAGCACCUGUCCCCUGUUGUCCAUGUCCUGAUGGGCAACAUCUACAUCCUUUUCCCAUUGUUGAUGAAUCCCAUCAUCUACAGUGUCAAGACCCAACAGAUUCGUAGGAGAAUACUCAAACUAUUUUCUCUAAAAUUACGCUGA